AGUCCAAACUCCACACCAGGCCCACCUCAAUCUCAAUCUGCUUUCAUGGAGGAGAUGCCUAUGGAAAUGGGAGUGUGGAAUAGGGGGGCGACGAAUCCCGAAUUCGCAGUCGCCCUUCAUCUCCGGCCCCCGAUUUUCUCCCCUAACGCUAGAAGACAAUCCAAUUCGAUUCAAUUCAACUGGGGAGGGGAGGGAAAAGAUCGAUAGGUUCUGUUUUGGGAUUGGAAUUAUCUAUCUUUUCAAAUGAACAAACUCAGCAGAAUAUCGGCGACAAUCGAUUCUCAUGCUAACCCCUUUCGGGUUAGAUCAUCUCUUUUCCAUUGCAGCCCUGUGUUGGAGCGAAGGAGGCGCACUCAUUGGGAUUCCGCAAGUUCUUUCAGGAGUUCUCCAAGGAAUUUCAAUCAGUACUCUAAGAGGCUCAGGAAACAGGCCUUAUUGCGUAAUGUCAGCGAUUUUGCGGAUCAUUUAUUUCAGAACUGGAAGGAAGAUAGGGAUGAGUACGAAGAACCUUCAGGUCGAGGUAGUUCGUGGUUCAGACCAGGCUUUAGGGAAGGCGGACAUAAACGGGGGAAGGCGAGGAACUGGAAUUCAAGAACGAGCAGAAGGGGCUUUGAGUUCUGUCAUGAUGAUGGGCUUGACGAUGCGUUCGAGAACAUAUACCAUUCAGUAUUUAGCGGCGGAACCCGUCACUUCUAUUGGUUCAAAGAUGAUGAAUCUCCACGACAUGGAAACUCAUGGAGUUACAGUGGCAACUAUAGGAUGAAUGGCGGCUGGGAAUAUGAGUUUGAAGACGAAUAUGAUACUUCACAAGAGUUUGAGAAGCCUACAACACCGAAGGUUACAUCAGAUAGGCUUGCAUUGGGGCUGAGCCCAUCAGGUCCAUUAAACCUGGACGAUGUUAAAAAUGCAUAUCGGGCAUGUGCAUUAAAGUGGCAUCCGGAUCGCCACCAGGGCUCAUCCAAGGUUGUUGCCGAAGAAAAGUUCAAGGCUUGCAGUGCCGCGUAUCAAUCGUUGUGCGACAAACUCGAUCUGCAGUAGGGACUCGCCUUUGUCGGAGUAUGUCGAUUGCUUACUCUCAUUCAACUUAUCUACCAAUCUAUCUAUCUAUGUAAUGUAUUGAGUGUAGAGGAAUUAGUGACCAGAGUAAUUGAUUGCUUGAAGCACUUGGUUGCAUUGCUGAGUUGAUUUAUUACAUACACAGGCAGGGUUAGUUAGAUCAUUUAUUAGUAUAAACCCCUUUUGUAGUGGCUUCUUCAAUAGAAUUGCAGUUUGUUCUGUUUUUCCCAUUCAA